GGGUAUUAUUCACUUAACAAAGAUACGUUUUCCCAUUUUUCAACAUUUACUGAAAUAAUUCCUUUUCUGAGCCUUGUACUAAAAUAUUAAGUAAUAAAUUUGUUUUAAAAACAAAGUUAUUAGUUGUAAAUUGAUUCAAUGGAAAUAUUUUACAAUUUUGUAUUGAACCUGCGAGAUUACGAAGAAAAAGAUGUAUAUUCUAGACCCCAUUCAAAUUGACACAGUAGACUCACUGAUGCCAACCAUAGCAGCAUGUGCACGGCUUAAGAUCAAACCUUUUCUUGCCUAGAAAUCUUUCAUUCACUCACUCACUGGACUUGCCCCAAUCUUCUUAGGUGCGAUCAGCAUUGCCAACGAAUUUCUACUAUAAUUAUUAAUUUGAAUAUAAAACAGAAGUAAAAUAAAUACAAGCAGUUUUUACUGUACUAUAAUUUAUUUUCACUUCUUAUAAGUAAGGAAGUGUUGUUGCAAGUUGUUAAUUAUUUAGGGGGGGUUCAAUUUCCUGUUAGUUGUAUUAUAGGGGGGUUAUUGAAAAUACUUUAAAUUUGCAUUACGUAAUUUAUGCAUGGUCUCAAAAGUACUAUUUUUUUAAAAUAACAUGCAUAAAACAUGGAUCAAUGUGUUUUUGUGAGUAAUUUAUCUCACAAUGCUUCACUUGUUUUCUCAUUCUCUCUCUUAUCAUUUAUUUCCAGAAUUGUUAGUAACUAUACAUUUUAAACUAAUUUAAAUAAUACAAAGCAGACAAAAUAUAAUACAUGUGAACAUUUCACUCCUGGAGUUCAUAAAUCCUUUGAAAGCAGAACAGUUAAACAAACACUACCAGUUAUAAUACAUCACUAAUACAAAAACUUAAUACCAAUGCAUGAAGAGGAUUGAAAAACCCAUGCAUGACAGGAAAGUUUCUUUCAUAAACUCAUCAGAUGAUGCCCGUAUCAAACAAUAAAAACUAGAAGAAAUUUUAGGUUACUUUCGAGCAAUUGUCCUGGUAAAAAUUAAAAAAAUUGCUUAGAAGUCCAAUCCUUCCAAGUGCAAUGGAAUAUUUCCAGUCUUAGUCACAGUCUUCUAAAUUGUUAGCUGGACCAUCCUCUUGUCUUCAUUGGUGCAAGAACGGACAUCUGCAUCUUCUUUUCUUCGGAAAACAUUGCAUAAAAAGUAUCCCUUUACAGUAAGUAUUACGUUGAAAUGUUCUUAAGCAGUAUUUUGUUAGGUUUACUCAAAAUCUCAUAAGGAUAUUCUUCAAAAUCUCCUUCUGGUGAAGUUUCAUCUAUGUUAUACUUUAGGGCUCUAAAAAAUGCAAGUGCCUCAGGAUUGUGUUUUAAUGCAGUCAACACAACUUUCUUCAUGUUAGCAGAAAAGGCUAUCAAUUCAAGAACUUGCAUCAUUAAUUUUCCUAAACCAUGCCUUUGUACUUUAGGUUCUAACUGAAUUUCGUAACAAUAAAGAACUUCUACCAUGAAGUCAAUAUCAAAGCGAAAAUGUGAAAAAGCAACUGGAUCUCCAGUAAUGGAUCGGGCAAUUAGGUACCAUGCACGAGAAUCUGUCAUUUCUUCCUUCUUUACUCUAUCAUUCCAACCCCAAGAGCAUGUAUCAUAAUAAUCCUUCAUGUUCCUCUUCAGAAGUUCAAAAGCCCAGUUGCGGGUUUCAACAUUGAGAUCUUCCACACGCCGACACUCCAAUGUUACAGCUAAAUCAUUCUUUUUAUACUGUUUGAAUGCUACUAAUUUGGCCAAGGGGUCCUCUUGUUCAUUGGCUGCAUUGACAACUUUCUGAGCUGCAGCAAUUAUUUCACGCUCCAUCUGCCUUUCAGCACGUUUCAAUUUUCCUUUGACAGAUUUGCGACCCAUUUUGAACGGUUUAUCUUAUACCUAGUGUUUCUCAAAGCAGUCCAAAUUAGAACUACGAGCACUAACGUUCAGUGAGGGUCAAGUUAACGCUUUGCUCUGCAAGUCCAAGUUGGCGUCGAGGCAUAAGCCUUUAUUUAACGUGCAUAACUCUGAACAACUCCCAUACCACGGUGUUAUUUUUUUUUAAUAACCCCGUGACACGGUGAAAGAUUCACACAAUGUCAUAGAGGAGAGAUACAUCUCUCCUCUAGAUAGAGGAUAGAUAGAGGAGAGAUACAUUGUAUCUCUCCUUUAUGCACAAUGUGCUCUGCGAAGAACAAGUGAAUGUAGGCGUGCGGAGAAAAAUUGUUCAGAGAGGACGUUAAGGGAUAAUAUUCUUUUAUUCUACUUCAUUUCUUCAAAUAAUGUUGAUUUGAGUUUUAACUGAUAUUUUUAAAGCAAAAUGUACCCUAAUUGUUCUCCACGAAUCACAAUGUAAGAGAACCCCUGCUGAAUCCAUAGUGUAAGUUACACCGUGGGUGAACGAUCGUGUGGUUGGUAUUGGUACUAUACUUCGAUUAAAGUAUUAAGGCCUUUGACACUUACACUGUUAGAGUGGCUAUGACGAUGUCAUCCAAUCACAACAGCUGACCAAGCUGACGAAGUGUCACUGGGCAUAGUAUUUUAACGGAAAUAUAGUGCGGAAAAGUUGGUUACGAGUGGUUGUGAGCACGUGCGUUAUUCUCGUAUUAAAUGCUAGGACAGUUUGCACUGUUAUUAUAGAAAAUAGGCAUGGGAACGGACUCUGUUCAGCAAAGGCAUCGUCCUGGCUUGUUAAAGCAACAAAAUAAACCUCAUAAACAUGGACGUCAUAGAAGUAAAGGUGCAAUUGAGAAGGACCGAAAAGGAAGAAUGGCAGCAAAAGCUCUCUCUAAAAAAGUUCGGAGGGACCUGAGAAAGGACGAACGUAGACAUCAAGCAACUCAGAUAAGAAGAAAUAAACGAGAAGAAGUAUUACAGAAAAAGCGAGCCCUUGGAUCUGCCACUUCACCUCCAUUCAUUACAGCUCUUGUUGCCUUAUGCCAAGAUGUAAAUCCAUUUGAAACUUUAAAAGUUCUCAAAGAAGCAGAUUCUGAGGCAGAAAUCGAAGAGAGUGCUGAAGGUUACAUUCACUUGAGUGUCCCACGUUUCAAACAGCGUUUUACAUUUGUGGUACCUGGGGCUGGAGACCUGUACAGUGUACUUGAUACUCUGAAAGUUGCCGACACAGUUAUGUUUCUUUUAUCUGCUGCCUCUCGAAAUGGUAUUGAUCCUGAAGGAGAAAUAAUAUUGAAUGCCUGUAUGUCCCAGGGAUUGCCUUCUCCAAUAUUUGCAGUUGCACAUUCGAAAAGUAAUCCAUCUCUGUUAAAUGAUGUGAAAAGCCAGCUGCAGAAAGUAAUUGACCGUUGGUUACCAGAUAAUAAAGUUAUGUCUUUUGAAAAGAACGGAGCAGGAUUGAAUGCACUACGUCGUAUUGGUUCCCAAAAGCAGCGCUCAGUUAUCUUCAGAGACAGGAGACCACAUUUGCUGGCUGAAAGUGUUACUUAUGUACCUGAUACGGAGGGUCCACUUGGAACAUUGAAGGUGUCUGGAUAUGUGAGAGGAAUGCCGUUAUCAGUUAACUCCCUAGUGCACAUACCAGGUUGGGGUGACUUCCAAAUGUCUCAAAUUACUGCACCUGAGGACCCAUUUCCACUUAGUAAGUCUGGUAGGAGUUGUGAUAAGAUUAUGGAAGGGGAAGAAGAAAAACUUUUGGAGAGAGUUGACCCUAACCGACAGGAAUCGCUUGUUAGCGAAAACAUACCCGAUCCAAUGGAAGGAGAGCAAACAUGGCCAACUGAAGAAGAAUUGAAAGAAGCAGAAGAGGAGCAGAAGAAAAAAAAGAAGGUCAAGCGGAUUCCUAAGGGAAUGUCUGAGUACCAAGCAGCAUGGAUUCCUGACAGUGAUGCAGAGGAAAUUUCGGAGAGUGAAGAUGAUGAAUAUUUUGAUGCUGAUGCUGGUGCAUCAAUGGAUGCAAAAUCAGAAAGCGAGUCUGAAGAGAGCAUGCAAGAGCAAGAUGAAGAAGAGUAUGAAACAGUUACUAUGUCUGAAUUUGGUCGUGAUGCUGAGAGAUAUGAUGAGAAGAUGGAUUUAACAGAGGAAGAAGAAGCUCGUCAGAAAUUGAAAGAUGCUCAUACUGACAAGAUCUUCCCAGAUGAAAUUGAUACACCACUAGAAACUCCUGCAAGAGUUCGUUUCCAAAAAUAUAGAGGAUUGCAGUCAUUUCGCACAUCUCCAUGGGAUCCAAAAGAAAAUUUACCAAUAGAUUAUGCCAAAAUUUUUCAAUUUGAGAAUUUUAAUAGAACGCGUAAAAGAGUGUUUAAAAACCUAGAAGAGGAAGAGGAAGGUGUUGUGCCUGGGUGGUAUGUUACCCUUCACCUUAUUAAUGUUCCAAGCGCACUUGUGGAAUCAAGAUCUUCAGACCAUCCAUUAAUUGUGUAUGGAAUGUUACCUCAUGAGCAGAAAAUGUCUGUUGUCAACAUUUUAUUAAAGAGACCAACUAUGAUUUCAUCAGAACAAGAGCCCAUCAAGUCCAAAGAGCAACUAAUCUUCCAUUGUGGUUAUCGUCGUUUCAAAGCUUGUCCAAUAUUCAGUCAACAUACAAACGGAACAAAACACAAGUAUGAACGGUACUUUCAACCAGAUGCUACAGUUAUUGCGACAGUUUUUGCUCCAAUCGUAUUUCCCCCUUGCCCAACUCUUGCCUUUAAGCAGAACAGUGAUGGAUCUCAGGAUUUGGUUGGUGUUGGAUCUGUGUUGUCUGUGAACCCAGACCGAAUAGUAGCGAAAAGAGUGGUUCUUAGUGGUUAUCCUUUCAAAGUUCACAAGAGGACAAGUGUAAUUCGCUUCAUGUUCUUCAACAGGGAAGACAUUGAGUGGUUUAAACCAGUUGAAUUGAAGACAAAACAUGGUCGCCGAGGACAUAUUAAGGAACCUUUAGGUACUCAUGGACACAUGAAAUGUGUGUUUGAUGGACAACUGAAAUCUCAAGAUACUAUUUUAAUGUGCCUGUACAAGAGAGUUUUUCCAAAAUGGACCUAUGAACUGUGUUUGGACUCACCACCAGCCCUUUUUAAUCAUACAAAUCAUGAUGAUUUUAUGGAAUAAAAAUGAAAUUAAAUUAUAUAAAAUUAAUGUAUUAUUAGUUUGUUGUAUCUUCAAAUAUUCUGAAGAUGAAGAAUAAUAAAAGAUAAUAUUAUUUUGUUGUUUCUCAAAAGAUA